AUGGCAUUCCCAACCACCAUAAUCGGCCCUCAAUAUUGUGCUCCGUAUCAGCUUGAUCUCGCCGUCGUGAAAAAGGUUAUGACAAUCUCAGACGGAAACUUUGCCGUUACUGAUGUCAACGGCAACAUCGUCUUCAAAGUUAAAGGCUCUCUCUUAACCCUCCGUGCCCACCGCGUCUUGCUUGAUGCCGCCGGCAACCCCAUCACUACCCUACGUCGCAAGAUACUGACUAUGCACGAUGGAUGGGAAGCGUAUAGAGGUGAAAGCACGAACGCUAAAAAUCUUAUAUUUACGUUGAAGAGAUCAUCUCUAAUCCAGUUUAAGACAAAACUAGAUGUGUUUUUAGCUAGUAACACAAAAAAACAUGUUUGUGAUUUUAGAAUCAAAGGUAGUUGGUUGAAACGAUCUUGCAAAGUUUAUGCUGGUGAAUCUAACAACAUUGUUGCUAAGAUGCACAAAAAACACACUGUUAAAAGUAUUUUGAUUGGUAAAGACCAUUUCAUGGUCACAGUUUAUCCUAAUGUUGAUUACGCUUUCAUAGUGUCGUUAAUCGUGAUUCUUAACGAGAUUAACGCUGAUGAAGAAAAUGGUUGA